AUGCCUUUUGCCUGUAAAAAUUCGCUCUGUUCUUCAAGAGCAUUCAACAAUUGCUCAAGGUGUCAUCGAACGUUCUUCGACAAAGUAAGUCUGAUGCAGUGUUCACAACAAAAACGGGAUACAUGCGGGCGCUGCGAAAGAUCAUCUACCGAAUUCAAACCUAACUGGUACUUUAAUUCCGCCCAAAAUAAUCCGAAAGAUCUUCAUCACGCUGCUUGUACAGGCAAUUUUCAACUCGUGGCUGAAUUUAUGCGAACUGAGUUUUCAGACCAACCAGGGAAAUCUCACCUUUCCCGUUCAAAAUUACAAUACGGGUACACGCCGAUCCACUGCGCGACUUUCGGCGGACACUACGAUUGUCUUAAGCUUAUGCUCAGCCAUCCAGAUGGAAAACCAAAUAUUAUUGAUCCCGAAGACGGAAGAACACCGGUUCACCUAGCUUGCUGGAAGGGACACGCAGAUUGUCUCAAGCUGCUUCUCAGUAAAGGAGGUAACUUAUAUCUUCGUGACCACAAUAGGGAUACACCGAUAUCAUUAGCACGGGAUUACGCCUGUUUGUCGAUAAUUCUUCUCCAUCUUGCUGGUAAGUGAAUUUGAGACACGGUGUUGUGUUAUUGAAAGUUGUGGCUAUAUUGAUUGAACAUGUGUUAGUUUAAUAAUGUUAGCUAGCGAUGUGUGCAGCGCAGUGAGCAAGAGAUAAAGCUUUCUCUUUAUCCAUUAAACUAUGAUCACCCUAUGCAAGGUAUUGCCCGGGGGGGGGAAGUAUUUUCCCUAUGAUGGCCUAUACGGGUAUCUUUUUCAGGCUUCAAGUAUAUAUGAAAGGGUAGGGAGUUAACUAGUUAAAGCAAAAAUUUGUCUUUGGAAUCCGGUGGCGUUGGAAUCCUAAAUUCAGCUCUAGGAAUCCAGAAUCCCGCUUACAAUUAGAAUAAUGAUGCAACAAAAAAUGCACGUUAUGGUUCAAUGAUUAUGCUAGGAAAUCUUAAAAAGCUCUGUUUACAUUGCAAGCCAGUCUCAAAGCAAGCUACAUGACACAAAUGACACCUUGCAUUAUCGAAAAAAUUAUAAUCAUUUGCAUUUAAAUGACAAAAAUAUACCAUGCAGUUAGUGAGCUGUGCCAUCAUUAAAUUCCUGCUCUACAGUACGGACUGCACGCUCUACGGACAAUAAAUCCGAAAUCCACAGAGUGCAAUUCAGAAUCCAAGGCUGUCUUGGAUUACCUUACAUAGGGCGAGAAGGAAGUUUUUUCAAACAGCUAAAGUAAACCAUAAUUCCCACCAUUUCCGUUUCAGAGGAAGCCGAGUCAAACUUCCGUUAGUGCAAAGAUGCUAAAAAUUCACUUAUAAUGUUUUUAAAUGAUUACUGAAAGAUCCGUAAGUUACUCAGUGGGGUGAUGUUGAUUCAACCAAUCGAAUUUGGGUAUUAAGGCUGUGAUUGACAUGUUCUAAAGACUGAUCAAUCAGACCUGGCAGACGUUUCUUUCCCUCCCUCCUCGCGCGCCCCUCGCGUUUCACUCGUGCCUAAAUUCCCUUUUCCUUCCCUUUCAAACGCCUGCCACGCAGGCUAACUUUUACUAAGUUUGUCUACCAUGAAUUUCAAAAACUCCCGAUGUUAUGUUCUAGAGAUUAGUACAUGUGUUUUGCAAAAAUUUUCUUUAAACACUUUAAUCAAGAUGUUUAAAAAUUCAUACUUUCCCCACCUCUGCGUAGAAUUUCUUCAAAAAAUUGGCCAGUUUCUCGGCAUUCUCAGGAUGAUUUAAAUGAAUUUUGCUGUCUUUUUCCUCUCUGUUACACUUCAAUCUUGUGCAAUAAUUUUUCUUAUUUUAUUUUUAAAAAUAACAAUAAAUACGCACCAUUUUAUUACUUCCUUAAUUUGCUAAUGCGCGUUUUAAAAACUCCUAAUUAAUUCAUUCAUUCAUUUCCAGGUAUUGUACAUGUUGUAUUUUUAAUAUUAUUGUUUCACCUAUCUGAAACUCAAGUGUUUAAUUUAACAGAUUAUCUGGCUACAAGUGAGGAGGCAUCACAGAAACCUGUUCUCAAGGCCAUGGAACUCGUGUGGAUCAGACUCCGCAGUGAGUAUGGUGUAAUUCCAGAUCUAGAAUCAUGUGAUUUUGAAGAGAUCGAUAAAGCACCUCUUGUCUGUUACGCUGAGAUUCCAGGUAAUUAAUUAUCUCUUCCUGUAAAUGAGAUAUUAACCAAAAUAAUUAACAACUAUUCCUCGAGCCCGAAUGGGCUCUGAGCAAGAGAGGAUAAAGGGGACAGAGAAGGCAUCCCCCAUACACACCCUAUUCCAUAGGUAAUUCGUCUCGAGUUAUUUUUAACACCACAGAUCUCAAGGGGUAUUAGACAACAGCCAAUCACAUAGCCCGAAUGUGUUCCGCGUGGAUGACCCACGUUUCAUAUGUAGAAAAAAACGCUUAGGCUUACAACCGGGGGGGGGCUGCUUACAACGUAACCAAAUCUUUCAUCAAGGAAAUUUUUUUGCCGGGGGGAAGCUAUUUGGAGAAUUGUGCGUACCUCUGAAAAAACCCUUGCUAGGCCCCUGGCUUUUUUUCUUCCACUCCUCAAACGAAAUAGAUAACACCCAUCGAGCAAAUGUUUUGAGUAUUCUUGCAUUUCUUUCUCGCAGUUUUGGUCAGAAAUCAGCCUUAGUUUUGCCUUCGGAUAGCGGUGAUUGCCCUUUUUUUAGUUCACUCUGGGUGGUCUUGCCUGGAAAAGAGGUUGAUCAAGAGGUUCAACCUCGUUUUCACGCAAAUGUUACCUCGUUUCUAAGCCGUCAAUAUACCAUCGAUUCGAUGGUAUUUUGCUCGGAUCUUCCAAAUUUGGUCAACGCUGGUUGGUUAUGAAGAAUUAGCCGGAGGCUUUAAGCCACUCAGAAACGACGAACUAUUUUGAAUGAAUAAUAAUUUAAUAGCAAAUAUUAGAAGUAUGUACAGUUAUUGGAAAAGGUAGCAUUGUGCAAUGCAUUGAUGCAUAGACAUUGAAUUAUAUUUUGCAAUCGGAACUGGCCAUGUUUGUCUAAAUUUAGCUUGCCUAUAAAGAAAUCGAAAGAAAGGAUAGGGUGGUCAUAAUUCAGACUAUUCUUCACAAACUGUCCUUUAAUUUAUUCUUCUGGUUCGUAUGGCAAAUAUAUACCGCUAUAUACCUUUAGACAGUAACACAGCGCUUAGUAUAUCAGGAUAUUUAUUAGUCGAGUAUUCAUUACCUAAACAAUGCGAGGCACUCCGUGUUUUUUGUUUUGUUUUCUUUUUUUACAACCGGUGUUACUUGUUUCUGCACAGAGCCCGAAGAAGCUAGAAAUUUGCAGUCAAAGGGAAAAAUUCCGGAGGAACACUCUUUAGAAUGUUUGCCAAAAGUCGAGGAAUCACUAGACUCUUGGCUUCAUUUUGAAGAAGUAGUUCUCAAGUGCAGGGAGAGUAAGGAUUUCCCACCUUGUGUUCAAAAGGACAAAGUGAAACAGAUGAUAGACGUGGAUGAAACGUUUGAAGGAAUGCUAGACUUUUAUCACAAUAGAGGCUUGAUCAUCCUCCCAGGUAACUCGUUGUAUUUCCAUUCUGUGAAGCAUUGUUUUGGUAACUUGUGUUUUGUAUUGUGAGUUAUACAAAGUAGAUCAAAGUAUUGAACAUUAAGUUAAAGGUUCUAGGCUUUCAUCACAGUCAAACCUACCCACGGCAAUUAGCCCAGAACUAUAAGCUGAGCCCUAAUGAUCAGUUUUUUGUACUUAAGACAACCAGAGGAAUUAACGCCAGUAACUGAUUAAACAGGGGCGGAUCUAGGGGGAGGGUGCAGGGGGUGCGCACCCCCCCUCCCUGAGAUGACCUGCGGUUUUCUAAUACAACUAGUAUUCUGCAAGAAUAAACUAUGUGGUUUAUUGGUGUUGAAGUAGAGCAAGAAACGAGUGCACCCCCUCCUAAAAAAAAUCCUGGAUCCGCCCCUGUUAAAUCAGUCCUUACUCCCCCCCCUCCCCCCCUUCCCGGGGGGAGGGGUGGUGGGCUAUCAAGGGAAGUUUGGGUAUCUAGGGGGGCUUUCCAUCUAGGCAAAAUCUCUGGUUGAAAAUUCCAGGAACAUUCCGGAUCAAAUGGAAAGAUUUUCCAGCCAUAGAGCCUCGUUUGCAAUCUCAUUGCUUGCGAGAACCAAAAACGCAACAAAUUUAUUUCAUAUAUCAUUAACACUCAUUUCUUUCACGGGAACAUAUGAACCCACAACUGAGCUGCUCCCAACGUCAGUGCCUUCAUAGCUCAGUUGGUAAAGCAUCGGAACGGUAUCGCGAGGUCACGGGUUCAAACCCCACUGAAGUCCUGAAUUUUCCGGUCCAACCGCGCGUUCCAUUUGCGGUUACACCGGUCGAAACGGAAAUUUUGCCUUCCUUAUUACUACUUAAUCUCGCCAUUUUGGCGAGAGAGUAUUUCGCGGGGUUUUAUUUUUGCGAUUUUAAUACGCAAAUAUGAAAAGAGGGCAUUUAAUUUCGCGAUUUUAGCGUUACCGCCGAAGUCUCUAAGACAAUAGUUGCUAAUUUCGCUACCCUGUUUAAGACAAGAAACUUUAUUGUAUGACCCUGACUCGUUUCUUUUUGUAUACAGACUUUUCAUACUAAUAUCAUGAAACUAAACUUUUUUGGAAAAAAUCGUUAGUGUCACAAAUGCAGACCUGCAGCCUUCACAGUUUUUUAAUAGCUUCCGGUCCAAAGACACACCCUGUAAAAAAGCCAAAUAGUGAAAUUGUAUACCUUGUUUAAGACUCGAGUCCCUGAAAACCAUACCCUGUUCAGCGGCACAUAUCAGUCUACGCCAAAUAAGGGAGUGACCCCGGACUCCUUCCCUGAAUUGGCCUGUAACCCAGAGCUAGUCACCGAGAUUUAAGAAUAAUGUCAUUAUCAGGAUCAUCAUUUUUUUUUUUUUCAAUGAUCUACCUCCAGGAAAGCUAAUCACAGCAGAGAACCAGAGCUCCGAGAUUAACGACUUGGUAGUAGUCAAACCCCAGUACCUCGUGGAUUUGAUAACCAGCCUAAAUAAAGAGCCAAAUCUCUUGGUGUUUGCUCAGCGAUAUCAGCUUCUGUCAAAGAAGCUGCAAGAUAAAUGUAUAACCGACAUCGAACGGGAACGAAUCUGCAGAGACCUCGCCAGCCCUGUCUCAGAAAUUGUUCGCAGUUUAGAAGAGUUUGAUUUGCUGUGUCCCAUUUCAAAAUUACCACAAGUUACUGAACCCAAUGGUGAAGGUCACGACAUUGAGACAGGGAUAGGAAAAGGGGAAUGUUUGAAAAAAAAAUGGAAAAAACUUUGUGAAGAAAACUGGCGUGGCAUUUGCGACUCAGAUAAAGUUCUUGUGUUUGAUUUCUACAGGCCUCUUCCUCCUUCCCUUUUUCAGUAUUUCAUCGAUCGCAUAGCUGUGGAAAGUAAACGAAGUUAUGGCAUGAGGCCCAUCAAAGCCAAAGAGAUGGCCAUCUUCUCUUUUGGUGACAGCUUCUUCUUCCUUGCGGAGACAUGCCCAAAGUUCAACCAGAUUAACAUUAGUGUAAGGUAAGUCAACUUACCUUACGAAGCUGCAACGUUAAUUACACUUUAUUUUGGCCUGCGUAGCCGGCCGGGGAUUGUUGUGUCUGGGUUACUUUCUUGGCGACGGAGAUGACACGCGAAAAACUGAUUUGACUAGCUCCCAAUCUUCACGCGGUUCCGGCGCCAAAAGCUACAGCACUUGCUCGUUUCUCCCGCCAACUACCCAGGGCCCGGUUGCAUAAAACCUGCACUUAAGUGCUCACUUAAGUAGGUCACUUACGAAUCCGCUAUGGGUACACUUACGGGUGUUGCAUGGAACACACUUAGCACUCUCGUAAGUUUCUGUUUUACGUGGUAACUUACGGGCUCACUUAAGGGCACACGUAACCUUGAUAUAGUACUUUAUUAACGAUUCACUCUUUUUUUUUAAGCUAACCAUCGAUGAGUGUAAAGAAAGUAAAAUUCGUUUCCAACACUUUUAAGCCUCUCAAAAAAUGAAAUUUGCAUGCAAACGUUAUUUUUCUUCAAUAUCUACUGAAAAUGAUAGUUCUUCUUUUUUUUUCACAAAAGUGUACAUCAGAGGUUAACAAAGCGCAUUAGAACGAAUUACGUGAAGAAAAAUACUUUUUUUCACUUCUCAGUAAAAGACCUCGUUAAAUUUAGUAAAAACAGUGACGAUACGGGACCUAUAUAGGUAAACUUACGUGCUAUUUUUCCCGUAAAAAAAGUUUUAUGCAACACCCGCAAUUUCUGUUGCAUAAACGACACUUAAGUGAACACUUACGAAAAUCGUAAGUGCAACCACUUAAGUGAAUUCCCUAAGUGGACCACUUAAGUGAUUUCAUGCAACUGACUUAAGUUACGAGUGCACGUACGUGUACCCGUAGUUGUUACGGACGUUUUAUGCAACCGGCCCCUGGCCCCUGGGUAAGUUUAUUUCUUUCUUUGUUAUACGCCUUUGGUUAAACAAAAAUCGUUGUUGCCUUGCUAUCGCUGACGUUGACCCUUUGUUAAUAGGAUUAAAUGGAAAGAAAAGAAUUAACGACGGUUUGUUUUUCAAUUGUUAGGUACAAGAAUGGAAAGAAGUUACAUGAAUUGUUCACCACUCUGAUGACAAUAAUGUCAGAAAUUUGUCAACACCAGUUUAGUUCCCUUAAGUUUGGUUUUGGACCGAUCUGCCCCAUCAAACAAUGCCCAGGUUUGUCCUACCAUAGAAAGGAUCUCCAGUCAAACUCAUCUUCUGAAGUAAGCGAUGGUGAAUUGGAUGGCAACUCCACGUGCGAUGACUGGGCAGAUGACAGCCUUGUCCUUGGAGGUCGCGAGAUCCGUCCGCACGUUAUCUGCAUUGACCCUGCGGAGUCGUCCCGGCCUCUAUGGUGCAACAGUACUCCAAUUCAUGAAUUCGAAGCAAUCAAGGAAUGGCUUAUAACGGUACUAAUAGCCUAAUGAAUACUCAGUCAAAUGUGCACGAGAAAGGGUUGUAUGCGGGGGGGACGGGCACUUCUUUAUUUGGUGAACAGAGUAAGGUUUUCGGGAUCUUUAGUCAUAAACGGGGUAUACAAUCUCACUAGUUAGCGUCUUGAGUCUUAAACGAGGUGAUCUGGUUUGACGUGUGACGUAUGACGUAUGACGUAUGACGUGUCAUGUGUGAAAGGCAAAAAUUAUUUAUCUAUUAAUAAUUACGUAUAGCUUGCGCGCAGGCAAUGUUAAGUACAGUGAAACUACUUGAUAUCGUUUGGUAAUUUCUUUUUUUAAAAAAGAAGAGAUUAACACGAUGGAAUGCCAGUAGUAUGUUCACGGUUUCGUGAACUUAAGACCUGGGAUCUCAGCCAUUGUGUGUUGAGAUUCGGCGUCUACCUUGGUCUACCGGCGGCUCAGGCUUAGUCAAGAGCGUGCUGCGGUGGAUGUAAACUUAAAUAUUGCUUCAUUUUGUUUCUACCUGGCUUAUCGUGCUCAUCGUAUCUUUAACUUUGUUUGAUUCUUACCGUCUCAGCCCCAGGAUUCUGAAGGUUCUCCUUGUUACUCCAGUAAGUAUAUUUUCCUAUUUAAACAAUUCGUCUUUAUCGUGCAUGCUUGUAUUGUAAAUUACCGCAGCAGGGUUAGCGGAGUUAGGCAAGUUGGCUCGGCUUUGCCUAGUCCUUAGGCCUCAUCAUUCCGUACAGCCAAUGUUUGUCGGGUCACGUGAUUCGAGCUAAAGAGUAAGGCUUUUCCCGCCUGUUCGCCUCGAAUACGUCACCGAGGUGAACUGAUCGAGAGGGACUGGAAAAAGGACGUACAAAGACAAGGCAAGGUUCACCGCUGGUUUGCAGAGCAUAGAUCGCGUUUUUGUUCCAAGGUUUUCCUGGACCGGACCAAUGCUCCUUCAUAACUCAGAGGAGUGAACGUGCUUUGUCGUUCAAACGGUUCGCCCCUCGCGUGGCUCGAAUGACCUUGUAGAAAACUAAAGGCGGUCCCGUUUCUAAUAGGAGAUGUAAAGACAAUUUUGAGUUUAAAAUUUUACCAAUUGUGAAACUAACUUCAUACGAUGUCUUAAAAGAAAUAGUAGAGCAGUUUUAUCCCUUAAUUUUGUUUGGGAGGAACAACACUUUUUUCAUUUUUAGGAAGUAAUUAUUUAUAGUUUGCUAGAAUGUAAGGCAAGGAGUUUUAAGAUAAUUGAAGUGACAAUAUGAGGAUAAUACUCUUCUGAGCAUGAAAUUGUGGAAAACGUUCUAAACUUUUAAAUUAAUAACAAAUAUUUUUUAUUUGAUUUGAACAGUUAGCCGAUGCUGUCAGAUUUUCCUUGCCAAGACAGCUAAAGAUUGGAAGUUCCUAGGCAGGUAUCUUGGCGUCAACGAUAAAAUCAUUGACAACAUUUGCACAGAGAACGAUUCGGAGGACGAGCGGGCCUAUCAAGUCCUGAGAAGCUGGCUUCACUUAAAGCCGGGACACGAAGCUACUGUUCAGAUGCUGAUGAAGGCUUUAGAGGAAAAUGGUGAUGUGAAGACCAAAGAAGCCUUUAAACGUCACUUGAGUGAGCAUAAUUAA